AUGAGCAAGGAGGAGUGGAUAAAAGCUCUACCAAGGCUUAGAACCAGUCUAAAUGGAAAAAUCGAGAAAGUACUAGAAGUAUGCUAUGAUGGGUUAGAUGAGGAAGAUAAGGCUAUCUUUCUUCACAAUGCUUGUUUGUUCAAUGGCGAAAAGGUUGAUCGUGUGAAGCAAUUACUUGCCAAGAGGGCAUUGGAUGCAGAAUUUGGACUUAAAGUCCUUGUUGACAGAUCUCUUAUACAUAUUUGUGCUGAUAGAUAUAUAGUAAUGCAUUGUUUGCUACAACAAUUGGUAAAGAAAUUACUCGGGAUCAAUGUCUUAAUGACCCCAGGACACGGUACAGAAAUUGUUUUAGGAAUAUCAUUAGAUAUGUCUGAAAUUGAGGAUCAAGUUGAUCAUGUGAAGCAAUUGCUUGCCAAGAGUGCAUUGGAUGCAAAAUUUGGACUUAAAGUCCUUGUUGACAGAUCUCUUAUACAUAUUUGUGCUGAUGGAUAUAUAGUAAUGCAUUGUUUGCUACAACAAUUGGGUAAAGAAAUUACUCGGGAUCAAUGUCUUGAUGACCCCGGGAAACGUAAGUUUCUAGUUGAUGCUUUGGAGAUUUCAUAUGUACUAGUAAAUGAAACCGGUACAGAAACUGUUUUAGGAAUAUCAUUAGAUAUGUCUGAAAUUGAGGAUCAAGUGUAUAUAAGUGAAAAUGCCUUUAAGAAAAUGCCUAAUCUCCAAUUCUUGAGGCUAUACAAGAAUUUUCCAGAUGAAGCAAUCAAGUUAUACUUACCUCAGGGCUUGGAUUACCUACCACAUAGGAAGCUUGAGAAACUUUGGGAAGGUAUUCAGCCACUGACAAGUCUCAAGUAUAUGGAUUUGAGCGCAUCCACAAACAUUGAAGAUAUCCCAAACCUCUCAACAGCAACAAAUCUGGAGAAGUUGUACCUUAGGUCCUGCGAAAAUUUGGUCACAGUCCCUUCUUCUGUUAUACAAAAUCUUAAUAACCUCAAAGUCCUAGACAUGUCUUGUUGCGUAAAACUGAAGACUCUUCCAACCAACAUCAACUUGGAAUCACUUAGCGUCUUAAAUCUGAGAGGAUGCUCAAGGCUGAAGACUUUUCCUCUAAUCUCAACGCAUAUUCAAUUCAUGUCUCUUGGGGAAACUGCGAUAGAGAAAGUGCCUUCAUUAAUCAAAUUAUGUUCUCGUCUUGUUUCAUUGGAAAUGGCGGGAUGUAAGAACCUUAAAAGAUUAACAUCUUUCCCUGCAAGUAUGGAGAUCGUGGACAUAUCCUGGACUGGAGUCGUGAAGUUUCGUAAUACCUUCCAAGACGAGACUCGCUAUAAUAAACCACCAGCUUGUGGGAAAUCUCCAGGAAAUAAUGGAGAUGAAGGAUCAAACAAGAAAAACGGAAAAGAGAUAUUGGUUCCAUCAUCCAUCAUGUCUGCUUCUUCGUCUUCUUCUUUAUUGUCCCCUACUCAAUGGAGAUAUGAUGUCUUUCCAAGCUUCAGUGGUCAAGAUGUCCGUCGAAACUUUCUCAGCCACUUGCUCGGUGAAUUUAAUCGCAAAGGAAUCAACACAUUUGUAGAUAAUCAAAUCAGGAGGACCGAGUCCAUCGGCCCUGAGCUUGUACAAGCUAUACGAGCAUCGAGGAUUGGGAUCGUCAUCCUCACGAAGAACUACGCUUCUUCACGUUGGUGCUUAGAUGAGUUGUCGGAGAUUAUGGAAUGCAGAACUACUACAGGUCUAAAGGUGAUGCCAAUUUUCUACGAAAUGAAUCCAUCUGAUGUAAGAAGACAGCGUGGAGAUUUUGGGGAGGGUUUCGAGAGACCUUGUGUGGGGAAAACAGAGGAGCAGAAGCAGAAAUGGAAGCAAGCUUUGACUGAUGUUGCCAACAUAAGCGGCCAGCAUUCACAGAAUUGUUGA